AUGUCAAAGGAGUUUGAGAUGACCAACAUUGGGCUGAUGGCGUACUAUCUCGGUGUGGAAGUCAAGCAACUCGAAGAUGAGAUCUUCAUCACACAAGAAGGUUACGCCAAGGAAAUUCUCAAGAAGUUCAAGAUGGAGGACUGCAAGGCAAUCAACACACCAGUGGAGUGUGGGAUCAAAUUAUCCAAGAACGACGGAGGAGAAAAAGUAGAUCCGACAUUAUUCAAGAGCUUGGUUGGAAGCCUACGAUACUUAACUUGCACGAGGCCAAACAUACUUUAUGCCACAGGGCUCGCAGCAAAGAGAAUAUUACGAUAUCUCAAAGGUACGCUCGACUAUGGCCUAUUCUAUUCAAAUACUGAUGAUUAUAAGCUUGUUGGCCAUAGUGAUAGCGAUUGGGCUGGAGAUAACGAUGAUCAAAAGAGCACAAGUGGCUUCGUGUUUUUCAUGAGAGACACUGUUUUCACCUGGAUGUCGAAGAAGCAAUCCAUAGUCAUGCUGUCAACAUGUGAAGCUGAAUAUGUGGCUGCCACAUUCAGUGUUUGA